AUGGUGCUACCCAAGAGUCUAGCACGCUUCAUCGCCAUGUCCACUGCCUCUUCUUCAAUCUCGUCAAACCUCAACAACUUCAAAAUACCAAUCCCAUUUCAUUCCUCUGCCAAGACCAAGGCCUUCUCACUGCUAAAGAUGCCCCAAGCUCGUCAAACCCCCAAACCCAUCUCCAUUUCAGCCCACUGGGUCCCAAAUCACCCGCCAGACCCGCCGGAGUUCCCUUCCCCGCGUCAAAUAGAUCCUCCUUCAAUGCUGCUGGAGGUUCUCGCGCCUCCGAAUAUUCCGGAUUUCGACCCAAUUCCGCCGGCUGAUCCUCCGCCGGUUUCGCCUGGGCCGAACCCCGGCCCAGAUUUUCCGGGCCCACCGAUGCCGUCGCCGCCUACUCCAGACGCUCCGCGACCGCCAAUUCCCUCACCUCUGGGCCCGGACGUGUAUCCCCCUAACCGGCCGGAGAUUGGCCCCCCGCUGCCGAUACAACCCGAUAUUCCCCCACCCUUUUAG